AUGGGUGAAGAAGCAGCUGUCCCCGACUGGUUCAACCAGAUCCUCUCAAACAUAGUCCCCGCGGAAGAGGCCGCCUUACCCAACCCAGCACCCGAAUUCGAGUCCAAACAGCCCGACACAGAAGACACACUCCUCUCUUCUCUCUUCGCGGUAGAUACCCGCCCCUCCGUGGAGAAUAUCAACGCGGAUUAUCAUGAUGUUGAGGCGUAUAAUGAGGCGUUGCCGUUUAUGGGUAUGGAGGAUGGAGCGGGAGUGAAUGCUGGGAAUGGAGGCAAUGAGGGGGUUGAGGAUAUCAGUGAUGAUGAGAGAGAGGAGGUGGUGGUUGGAGAGGUGGUGGAGGUCGGAGAGGUGGUGGAGGAGAAUGGAUUUGUGGGCACCGGUUUGGAGGGACUGGAAGACGUCCCGGCAACGGUUGCGACUUCUGUACUGGUUCAGGGACAGGAAGUGCUGGAUGUAGUGACUCCGGUGGUGAUGGAUGUAUCGGACGGGACAACGACGAUGACGAUGGAGGAGGUCAAGCUCGAGGCGGCGCAAUUUGGUUUAGGGGCGGACACAGUUCCAGUGAUUGUGGAAACGACGACAACGGUGGUUGAGCGAGAGAUCAAGACUGAGUCAGUGCAGCCUAUGGAAGGUGUGGUCAUUGAGGAAGCUGUGGAGGAGAAGGUCAAGGCGGAACCAGAGACGGGAGCACAACCAUCAUCAACUCCCACAGAGGUGCAGGAAACCCCAGCCUCAAACGACCACAAAUCCGACACAGAAGCCGAAAGCGACAAACCUGACAGCGAUUUCGAAUUCAGCGACUCCUCGGACGACGAGUCGGACGCCGGCCCCACCCUCACCCCCGCCGAGCGCGAAAAGCUGCUCCAAUCCAUGGACGCCCACCCGGAAGACCCCGCCGACAAUCCCUCCACCCUGCGCACAAAGAACGAAGUCGCCAAACUGCCCCCCGUGGAACCCAUCACCGAGCCCAUCCCCGAAGCAGCCACGUUGGCCGUCAUCGGGCAGAUACAUUCGAUCGUCAACGAUUUAUUGAUCAUACAGGCGCCCGUCAACGCGGACCCGGAAACGGCGUUGGAUGUCGAAACGGUGCUGGUGACAGCGACAAGACAGCCGAUCGGCAAGAUCUUUGAUACUUUCGGUCCCGUCGCACGCCCGUUCUACUCCGUGCGUUUCAACACCCCGGCGGACAUCGCGGCCCUUAACAUCCCCAUCGGCACCGACAUCUUCGUGCCCAAACUCCCCGGGUUACAAAAGGUGGUGUUUACGAGGGUGUUGAAGAGUAUGAAGGGGAGUGAUGCGAGUAAUAUAUAUGAUGAGGAGGUUGCGGAGGAUGAGAUGGAGUUUUCGGAUGAUGAGAUGGAGAUGGAGCAUAGGCGGCAGGUGAAACAGGGGAGGAAGAGGAAGAGGGGGGAUGCUGUGGGGGGUGAGGAAGGGGAGGAGACCCAACCGGAUGUGCCGCCGGAGAUUAGUGAUAGCGCGGAGUACAUACUGAAUGUCAGGCCGGUGGGGGGCAGGGGACGGGGACGCGGGAGGGGGGAUGCGGGUGGUGUGCAUAGGGACGGGGGAAGGGAGAGCGGGAGUGGACAGCAGCAGCAGCAGCAGCACAGUGGGUAUGCUGCUGGGAAUUUGGGCGGACGGGGUGGACGCGGCGGGACGUGGAACCGCGGGCGUGGGGAUGGAGGUGCACCGUCGAGGGGUGGCUACAGACAACAACAGCAGCAGGGACAGGGAUACCCACAACAACAGCAGCAGCAGCAGAAUAGGCAACCGUAUCAACAGCAGCAACAGCCGUAUGGGAUGCAGGGGUACAUGCAACGGCCGCAACAACACCGACAAGGGCAGGCCCCGUCUUACCCACAAGCGAAUUUCGCUGGCCAGCAACAACAGCAAAUGCCCUUCGGAGCGCAGGCAGGCUACAACCCCGCCCAAGUCGCCAUGGCGGCUCUCAAUCUCCUCCAACAACAACAACAACAGGCUCAAAUGCGUGGUGGAUACGGUGGUCAUCAACAACCCACGCAACACGGCGGCCAACAACAACAACCACAGCCGUUUGCGAAUAUGUAUGGGAAUCAGCAAGGUGGCUUCAAUACGCAGCAAGGGUUUGAUCUGGCGGGUAUGAUGGGGUUGAUGCAGAGGGCGAUGCAGGGGGGUGCGGGGAUGGGGAAUAUGGUGGGGCAAGGGUUUCCUCAGCAGCCAGCACAGCAGCAGCAGCAGCAGCAGGGAGGAGCGGGGCAGGGGCACCACCAGUAUGGUCAACAGGGGCAGCAGGGGGAGCAGGGGCAGAGGGGGGGUCAGUAG